AUGGCUCAUUCACUGUCGGGUCCACGCGGAACGUUGAGUAGUAAUAGAGUGUACCCUUAUGCAAUCAAACAACACCCUCAUCAUCAUCAUCAUGACGAUACGGUGUUGGUAGCAACGCCAGGUGAGGAGGAGGAACCUCAUCAAAAUCACAACAUUCAUGAUAAAUAUCUAUUUACUAAAGCGAAAACUAUACGGGAUCUCAAUGCGCCUAGCCAAGAAAAAUCCCGAGGUUGGCUUGUCAGGUCCUUAACGCGAAAAAUGAUGAAUGAAUUAGGUUCAACGACAAGUUUAAACACGAUUCAUGAAUUAAUUGAUGAUUUUACUAUUGAGAACGAUUUAGUGGCCAAGUCCAGAACGUUCAGCGGUAGUAUAGUGUCUUCAUCUACUUCGAAUGUCGAAGAUUUUAGCAAUAGUAACUCGUUGUGUAUGCAUUGCAGCUUUAGAUGCCUGCUUGUAACAACCAUGUUGGUAAUGAUAAUCAUUCCCGUGUUGACUUUGGUUUUACUUUCGAUAGGUUUUUCAGUUCUUGCCUCCAAUGACGUCAAAAUGCAGGUAAUAACUCAGAGUUAUCGGAGUGCAGAAAGUUAUGUUGACGAUUUUUUACGGCUUUGCAUGGAAGCAACGUAUGCACAAAAGAAUGCAAUCUUUAAAAUGUAUUUCAUGAACGAAAGUGGCAUUAAUAUUAAUGACGACAAUAGUAAUAUUUAUAGCCCUCAAGGUUUUGAGAAUUUGAUGAAAGUUCUAGCUGUCAGUCAUAAACAAUACAUUGGAAGGAUUUACCUUGUGGAUUUUACUCCACCGACUGGAGAUUAUCUUUAUGUCGACACUGGUUACCAAAAGAUGGAGCCAUUGGAAAACGAAACAGAGCCCAUGUUUGAACCAAGACAAGAAGUAUUUCAAAUUAUUCAACCUGAUAAUGAAACAUCUUUACAAUCAACAUUCUACUUCACACGGUUUGGAAAAAGGAGAACUGUUGCUUUCGAAGAACCGACUUCAAAAUGGGACCCUAGAGACUACGAAUUCUAUUCUCUCUCUCAAAUUUAUGACGAAGCCUUGGUUCCUUUAGAUGUUCAAUGGCAAGGAGAAACUAUCGAACAAAGAGUAUACACUUGCUUUCAAUCUAAUAUUUAUUCUCCAUAUGACUCUCAAUUCAUAGGAGUAACAAGCAUUAACGUUAAUAUUGAAUAUUUAGCUAACUUUGUAAGAUCAUUCUAUGUCUCACCAAGGUCGUUUGUUGCGAUUAUUGAAAUGUUCAAUCGAGAGGAAGGUAUUCAUAAACGAGUGGUGGGCUUCAAAAAUGCUUCUUCUAUUGCCAUAUAUGAUCCAACCAUGGAAUUCGAAUAUAGAAUUGCCGACGCAUCAGAAAUUGCUGAUCCCUUGUUGAAAAAUGUGGUUAUCAAUAUUUUGCCUGCCAAAAUAUCUGACUAUUCUUUAUACAAAGACACUUCAUAUUCAGAUGCACAUGUUCAAACAUUUACUUUUCAAGGAGAAGAAUAUGUUGUGUCCCACGGAGUUGUAAACAAAACACUUUCUCUUAAUAUGCACUGGCUAGUGGCGGUUGUGGCUCCACAAACAGAUUUUACCAGUAAUGUUUUCAUGUUGGCUGGCAUAAAUGUCGGUAUAUCUAUUUUAUGCCUCAUUGCAAGCUUGUUUUUCAGCUUUCUAUUUUCUAGAGCUGUAUCGAAACCACUAACAUAUUUUUCAUGUGAGAGCAAGGCAAUUUCAAAUCUGGAGAUUAAUAAGGGAAAGCCAUUUCAUUCAACGAUCAAGGAGGUUUUGGAGCUAUCGACAGCUUUUGAAAACAUGAAGAUGGCAUUAAGGUCUUUUAAAAAAUUUGUUCCAAGUGAACUUGUUAGAGAAAUGCUUCAAAAAGGAAAUGAAAUCAAUUUAGGAGGAAAAUUGGUGAACAAUUUAACAAUAUUCUUCUCUGACAUUGAAAAUUUUACAACUUUAAGUGAGGAGCUGGAACCACAGAUUCUUAUCAAGCAACUAUCAGAAUAUUUUCAUGUUCUCACUGAAGAGAUUAUUUUAGAAAAAGGAACCUUAGAUAAAUAUAUCGGAGAUUCUGUGAUGGGUUUCUGGGGAGCCCCUCAGUAUUCGACGCUCUCAGGAAUUAGAGCUUGUAAGGCAUCCUUGAGAUGUCAAAUGCGGAUGGAGGAGUUGAGAAAGAAGUGGGCUAAAGAGAAAACCUUUAAUGAGAUGCCGAAUUGGAAUUCACAGUGGGUCUUGUAUUGUUGUGACAGCGUAAAUCUUGCUUCUCGAUUAGAAGGUACCAACAAAUUUUAUAAUACGCAAAUUAUUGUUUCAGAAGAUACAUACUUGAGACCUUAUGUUUCUGAACAAUUAGAGUUUAGAAAACUUGACAAAAUCAGUGUAAAAGGAAAAUCAAUUGGAUGUGUGAUCUACGAGCUUCUUGGACGGAAGAAAGAUUUACCCCCUAUUGCGACCAUACUGAAUGAAGACACGUCAGAAAUUGCAAAAGAUCAAAGACCUUUACCUCUUGCAAAUGAGGCCAUGUUACAAAUGCGUUCUUGUUACGACACCGCGUUGAAAAACUAUUUUAUGGGAAACUUUAGCGAAGCUGCUUUGCAAUUUGAAGAGUGUUUAAAAUUGAUACCAAAUGAUGGACCGGCAACAACUAUGCUUACACGUUCGCAAUACUUCUCUAUUCAUAGACCAAGUAACUGGGAUGGAGUUUAUCACAAUGUAGAAAAGUAG